CUUUUAGAGCCUUAAAGCUAACUCUACAGCUGAUAGCCCCUCUCCACGACAUUGUGGCCUACCUCUUCAGUUUGGCUAAACUUGGAGAUUGUCCAGCAUGUUUUGAAUUUCCUCUAAGUCCUAACCCUCUGAGAGGCGACUGGGAAGGAACUAAGGGUAUUGAGGGUCACCUCCCACCACCCCCACGACCACACGGCAACCAUCUGCCCCAUCUUCACAGACAGGCUGCCUGCCCUGCCUGUGCCUGCCAUCUCUGCCCCCGCUGAGCCGUGUGAGCCCGCAAGAAAGGGAGGCCCAAAUGAGGACUGUUAUCAGUGCGUAACAAAGAAAAGGGUCUGAGCUUCAAGAGCUGCAGAAAAUGAUUGAGAGCCUCCAGAGCCCCCAAGACCCCACUCUGCUGUCCCAGGUCCUCCUCCUUCGAAGGGAGGUUAUGUUUCUGCAGUUCGACGCUGCAGUGAGGUACCUCAUCCGGCAUUUGUGCUGUUCCCUUGGAGAGCAUUUCUGGAAGAUGGAGGACUGUUUCCAGUUACAAUUAGCAGCCCAGAUACCCUAGAAUAUAAGAUGCAGCUAUGCCUCUGUAGGCUGAGUGACCAUGACCUCAAGGUAGCUCAUGGAGAGCUGGCGGGCAUGCAGCUGCUAAUGGAAGAUGUCCUUCUGAGUAACUAUCAUAUGAUCAUGGAGGGUCCCCCAGGAUGGCAGGCCACACUGGACAAAAAUACACAGCCAGAUUUGUCCAGAGUGCAAGGAUUCAGAAGUCGGUUCCAAAGCAGCCCAAAGACCUCCAGGCUGCUGGGGGGCCCAUGUGAUGCAGUGAUGUCCCUUGUUUUGCUGAGAUCAUUUCUGGUGCUCUGGAAGCAACUGGAAGUGCUAAAGGAUCACUGGGGCCGACUCAAGCUGCGAGGCCAGGACAUCAAUUCUCCCUCUCUCCACAAAUAGUUCUCGGAGCUCUAUGGAACUGACAUUCUCUGCCCCAGCAUGAAAGCUAUAGCUAGGCGGAUAGGGAAAGAAGAUGAAUUUGAAGGACUUAUAAUAAGUAGUAAGUCUACUCUUCCCCCUAAAGGAGCUUCAGAAAUUGAAAUAAAAACUCAGCAGCUUCAGAAACUUCUGGAAAAUCUUGAAAUUCAUAUGAUCCAGGAGGUAUUAGUUAACAGAGAGAUAACACUGGUUGUAUCAGAAAAGUCCAAGGAGCAGCAUACUCUCCCUAUAGAUCUUUGGAAACACCAAGUCAUGAAGGAAAACUUUUCAGUUAUCAGACCACAAAUAGUUGAAAAUUUUGUACAGAGAUUACUGGAGAAUUACCAGGAUGGUGGACUAGAGAUCACUUUCAGGAAAGACCACCUCGAGGCCUGCCUCCUUUCCCUGGGUUGUGACAUGAUGGCCAGAGAACGCAGCAACUUCGAGAACUACUCCAUGUGUUACAAGCAUGUAUUGGAGCAUGCUAGGCAGAAGCUCUGCCAGGAAGAGCAAGAAUGAGACAUUAUACGAAGAGGUCAGAGUCCACCUGAAGACAAGGCUGGUCAGAUUGCAGAGCUCAGUCACAAUAUGAUCAUGGAAGUCACUGCCCUGAGAGCUCGACUCACGGAUUUGGAGGAGGAGACUCUGAAUCUCAAAAAGCAAAUUCGAAAAGAAGUCCAAGAAGAAUAUGAAGCAUUAGUUCAAGCUUUGUUUGUGACAUGUUUGCACAUCACAGAGAAGCUGGAUGAGAAUCAGCUUAAUUUGAUCCAGAAAGUGUGUGAGCUCAUCGGUGAAGUAAGAACAGCAGGGAUUGACAAUACGAAAGAAAGGCUAAAGAAGAAAUGGGGCUCCACCAGACCUGAUGAAGAAAUGAAAGAAAAUCCAGCCAUAGAGCAGCUGCUGGCCUUGGAGCAGGACAACUGCAGCCUGGCCGCCCUGGUGCGCAAAAUGAGGAGCCUGGGCCACUGGAGGCUGGCGUUGCAGCAGGCGCACUUCCGGGGCCAGCUGAGCAGGGCUGAGAAGGCGCAAUUGCUGAAAGAAUUAGAACGCAGAGUGACCCAGGAAGCUCUCCACCAGCAGCAGCUGGAUUUAAUGAAAACCUCCAGCAUGGAGAAGCUUUUGGAGGAUGUGGAGCAAAAGGAACAGCACCUGCAGCUCCUUACUGAAGAAGCCAAGAGGGCUUCUAAACUGGGCCAGCUCCAGCAGAAGAAAAUUCAGAGAGAACUCCGACAGAUGAGAAGCCGGCUUGCCCACGAGCGUAGCAUGGAGCUGGACACUUUCCAGUGGGUGGAAGAGCUACAAAGUCAGCUUAAUGACACUGAGAGAUCCUCCGCCCAGAGGAGCUCACCAGGCGGCCUUAUAUCCCAGGCUCACUACUCCCUAAGUUCUGCUUCCACAAUCCAGAGACACCCAGCAACACCUUUUAAAAAGACUCACCUCAUGGGCAGUAAAAUAACAAGAAGGAUUCAAAGGCCAAAGACUGUACCUAUUAAACACAAGAAAAGAAUUGACCAUGUCUUCCUACCCAAUGUGGCAGAAAAUGUUCAACUUUCAGCUUUUCAAGUUAAGAUGGCUCCAUCCAGAAUCCCAUUCAGACCUGACUGGUAA